AUGCUCACAAAAACUCAGAUCAAUAAAUUGAGAAAAGCAAUGAGCCAGGGUACAGGGUCAGAUAGCAAAAUGUCAAAAACACAAAUCAGAAAAGCUAUUAAACACAAUGCUAGUUUGUGGGGAUCAUUGAUCAGUUUAGGAAGCAGGUUGUUACCCAUGGCCAUGCCAUUAGCCAAAAAAGCUAUGACACCACUUGCAACAGGUGCGUUAUCAGGUUUAGCCAGUCUCGGUGUGGAUAAAAUAUUCGGGAAAGGUCAACGAGGAGGUUUUCUUAUUCCGCAGGAUAAAAUAGCGCAAUUGAUUGCGUACAAACAUUUACUAUCCGCAGGUCAGAAAAAGGAUAUCCUCAACGCUCUCCAAUCAGGUAGUGGAUUGGUUAUCAAACCGACAAAAACACAGCAGGGCGGGUUUUUAGGAACUCUACUAGCAAGUAUAGAAGUCCCCCUGUUACUAAACGCCUUGACGGCGGGAAAGGGUCUCCAAGCUGACAGUACCGGUUCCGCUAAUACAACAGCUUUUUACGUUCCCGAUACAACCAAUGGCCAUGGAAUGAUUAAUCCGUAUCCUUACAUGUCACCACCCUUUUUUGGAACAUAGAACAACAGGGAUUGCUGCUCGGCAAGAACAGUCCAUUCAAUUCAAUCCCAAUUCUAGGAACAAUUCUAUAAAAUUCAUUAACAAACCGUUAUCAAAUAUUGAUUUUACAAUGGGUCAAACAAUUGGGAAUAAAAUACUUCAGGGGUAUUUACAGCCGCGACAAUUUAUCCCAAAAAAUACACAGAUUGGAAACAGGAAUAAUUAACCUUGACGAUUUGACAGGGGGAUGGAGUCAUUGGACUUGUUAUAGAAAUGUGGAUUAGCAAUAUUGUGAAUAUUUUGACCCGUUCGGAUUGAUCAUGCCUAAUGAGAUUAAAAAUUAUCUGAAAACAAGUGAUAAAAAAAUUGUGUUUUCUUCAGAUGAAAUACAAGAGAGAGACAGUGUUUUGUGCGGUUAUUGGUGCUUGUAUUAUCUUCUGGAGGGACAGAAAGGGAAGCCAUUAUUAGAUGUUAUACACAACCCCAAAUUCAGUUUCACAGAUCAAAAUGAUAAAUCACCAAUCUCUGAUAAACUAUUUCGAAUUAAUGUAAUCCUAUUAUAUAGAAUGUCAGAAAAGUUCGGUGUAUGUUGCCAAGAAGUUACUCCGCAUUAUGUACAUGAAUAUGCACGUUUUGAGUGCUGCAACUGUGAGCCCUUGAGUGAGAGCGAUUAUGAUUCAGAUAGCAGUCACGAUACUUAUGUUCCAGACAGUAGUGAUAGUGAUUAGACAAUAAUUAUAUAACACUAUUGUAUAUAAAUGGUAAAAUCUCAUUGUGUUAAACAAAAGAAACAAACAGAAUGUGUACAACCUUCUGGUUAUAAAACUACCAAAAAUGGGAGACUAAUGUUUUGGUGCACUUGCGCUGAAUGCGUAAUUAAAAAGUUCAGAUUUGUAAAGAAGGGAAACUAAUCGGGCCCUCUCAAGCAGGGGGCGAUUUAUUUGACACCGCUGUAGGAACCGCUACUGAUCUAUUUGUCCAUCACGGGCUUCCUUGGAUGGGUAAAAAAGCAGUUGAGAUGGGAAGAUAUUACGGGUCAGAAGCUCUAAGAAACCCUAAAUUACAGAAAAAAGCCAUCCAUUACGCUUUGGACAAAUUGAGUCCGAUGAUUCAGAAUGUUGGAUCUCAAGCUCUUGACCAAUUAUCAACCAAAAUACGCCCAAACAGAAAAGAUCUUGAGGGAGGUGCUUUAGACAUCCACAAGGCCAUUGGUAAAUUACCAAAACCCCCAGGAGGAUUCACUUUACCAGGCCAUAAAUACACGGGCCUUAUAAUGAUUUAG